CUUGCAAUGUCUGCCAGCCAUGAACCGCAUGGAUGAAGAUCCGGGCGAUGAUAUCGCCUAUCGCAUAUGGAUUGGGACUAUUGUGACUGUGGUGCCGGCUACUGUUAUCACUGCGUUGCGGUUUACCGCGCGGACUGUUUCGCGGGUUGGGCUUUGGUGGGAUGAUUAUACUAUUGCGGCUGCUCUUGUGAUCAACUGGGGAAUGGCAGCUACACGAUGGGCACAAGUUCUGAUGUAUGACCAUGGCCGGCAUACUCAAUACGUAGCGUCCGAAAAAGUCAUAAACUUUCAGAUAAGCUUCAUCGCGGUACAAAUAACGUAUUUCUGCAAUGCCGUCUUCACCAAAGCCUCUUUGUUACUUCUCUACCACCGAAUUUUCGGCGUCGUCUCGGGGUUUCGCUGGGCUCUAGGAAUCUCAGCAUUUCUAGUCACGGCAUACUUUAUUGCUUGCACUAUCGUCACCAUUGCUGGCUGCUCGCCUGUCUCGUACUAUUGGUAUAGACAUCAAGAAGGGUCCUGCAUCGACGAAGUCAACUUUUACCGAUGGAACGGUAUCGUCAACAUGCUCCUGGAUGUGUUGGUUCUGUGCCUACCGUUCCCGAUGACCUGUCGUGUAAAGACAUGUCUCCGCCAAAAGCUAAUACUAACGGGAAUAUUCCUCCUCGGUGGAUUCGUCUGUAUCGUCUCCGUCCUCCGCAUAAUAGCCUUCGAUUUCUCUGAUGCCAACGACCCCAUGUACAGCACAAUCGACACAGCAACAUGGUCCUCUAUCGAGCAAUCCGUCGGCAUAAUCUGUGCCUGCCUCCCAACUCUCCGCCCCAUGUUCAGACAACUAUACGACGCUACUCGCCAUUCCACGGAUAAGGAAAGCGGGUCUGGAUCGCACACGCUUUCGUAUUCGUUGCCUAUUCGCCUGUCGCAGUUGGGCUCGUCGCAGACUGAGGCUGAUGGGAGUACGGUUUGUUUUGCGAGGUUGCCUACUGCUACUACUGCUACGGAUGGGUCAAGAUCGAGGGCGUCGUCGAUGCCGCAUACGAGGGUGGGGUAUGAGAUGGGGUUUGAUAAGUAUGGGUAUGCGCCAUCGAUACCGUCGGUUGCGACUGGGGGGAGGAGUCGGGCUGAGUCGAGUGGGUUUGGGAAGGAGGCGCAGCAGUGUGUAUGA